GAGUAAACAAAUAUGCACAAGAGGUUGUACAAAAGUGAAUGAUAUACAGCUUUUAUCUACUGAGGAUAUCUUUACAUUUAGGGACUUUGUAACAACACAGUGUAUAUUUAUAUGUUAUUCUAUGAAUCGCUGUUUGUUCAGCUUGAAUAUAUUUGCAGAAACAAGUCAAUAUGUACAGUUAAAUAAAACUGGAUAUGGUAUAUAUAUAAAUACGCAGAUAUUUUUUAUUACACUAUUUUUAUCACAAUACGACGGAAUUCAAUACAACUAUUUGUAACAAAUAUGGCUUUAACGAAAACCAGUUGUGAAACAAAGAAUGUUUUUGAUGAAAAUGACAUUGCCUUCGAUAUAGACAUUGGUUUUGAUGAAACGUUUGUCGGAAGGGAAAGUGAUCUGCAAGAAUUGAAUGAAUCAUGGGAGUCGAACAGAAUAUUUGGCAUUUUUGGGCUUAGAUCUGUGGGAAAGUCAUGGUUUGUGAGGGAAUUUUUGUCAAGAUAUAUACCAAAGGAUACUAAACAAGUUCAUUUAAAUUUAAAAACACUUCCUGACAUAGGAUCUUUAUACACGUGCUUAAGCGCUUCCCUGGAAGUAAAACCUGUAAGGCUGUCGGUUGAGAAUGAGCAAUGGAUUCGUCAUUUAAUUUGUGAAAUAAAUAAUUCCAUGGAAAAACAAUUUAUUUUCGUUUUUGAUGACGCUGAAGACUAUCAAGAGUCAAAGGGCGAAACUACUAGAAACUCAUUUUUGUCAUUAUGUAAAGGUCUAGCCCAAGACUGCAAAAAUGUGAAGGUUUUGAUAACAUCUACAACAGAAGUGCAGUUCUCUGAGUUUGAAGUAGCGUAUUACAGACACGAGAUAUUACCUUUGAAAGAUGCAGACUCACGCAGACUAUUGAAAUUGGUGACUACUGGGAUCGAACUCGGGCUUUAUGAGAAUGCUAUUGUUACUUUAAGUGAAGGCUUACCACUUGUUAUUUUGAUGAUUGGUUCAGAGCUUACAGAGGAUGGGGGAAUGUUAACUCCAAAGGAUAUGGUCGAACUUCUACAUACUUGUAGGCUAAAGGCAAUGAGCAGGGAGUUUUAUCCUCCAGAAGACAGAAUUGCUGACAUCUACAAAAAGUUCUUAGACCGGCUGGACUUAGCUUUUCAGCAUCGCCUCAAAGUACUAGAAUACAUACCAGGAACAUUUAAUCAUUACCAGGCGAAGCAAAUACUAGCUGAUAGACUGGCUAACACGAAGACGUUAAUGCCAUUGCACAAAAGGCAUAUGUUGAAUUUUGACCAUUAUUCGAGAAGAUUCAGCAUACAGGGAAUUUUACGAGAGUGUUUAAAAGCUUUUAAUACACUCAAAAAUAUUCCAGAAAUAAGAGGAAGAUAUAUCAAAACGUUUUUUACUACGAUGACCAACAUUGCAAGGCGAUUGGGCACGGCAGAAUAUUUACCUGCGCUGGCUGAAUUUACAGUUGAGCAACCAAACUUACACAAACUGUUAAUGGAGGUGCAAUACACAACACAAGAUAACUAUCAAUUCUUUAUUGAGAUUGCUACCAACUGCACAGGCAUGAUAGAACACUUUAUGUCAGGUAAUGGUGAAAUAUUUUACGCAGAAUGUUUGAAGGCUGCAGACAUGUAUGGCCAGAAAGAAGAUAAAGCUGCUGUCAACAUUGCUGUCGGUAGUUUAUAUACAAAUACAACAGGUAAUUUACUCGGAGGGCAGAAACAUUAUCAGGAGGCAUUACGGAUCCUAGAAAAUCAAGAAAAAUCCCUUAUCCUGGCGACAGCUUAUCAAAGAAUGGGUUGGAAUAUACUACUGCAAGGAAAGAACACGGAAGCUAUUCGAUAUUUUGAGAAGUCGUUGGCGAUAUCUUUGACAUCAGACGAACGAUUCCAACUAAUUGCCGUACAUUCCUUAAGCAGUAUGGGUGUUUCCCUAACAUUUUUAGGUGAUUUCAGAAGAGCAGAAAAGUACCACCUUCAGUCUCUUAGACGACGGCGUAUGUUUCAGGGUGAAAACCAUCCUGGUAUGGGUGCAUGCUAUAAUAACAUCGGCGAAAUGUAUGAAAUGAUGGGUGAUUCAAAAGAAGCCCUGGAAUACUAUACAAAAGGACUUGAAGUGAAGAAAAGAUGCAAAGCUUCAGUUUUAAUGACUGUAAUUUCCCUAUGCAGUGUAGCUAAAAUGAAUAUUGCUAUGGAGCAGUUCAGCGAAGCUCAUUCGCUUCUCGAUGAAGGGUUCAAAAGGUUAAAUGAAGAAAAACUCCCACCGAAAGAAGCUGUUGCAUGUGCCUGUGACAUGAAAGGGAUUGUAUUUAAGCACGAGGGACUACUUCAUAACGCGGAAGAAAUGUUUCGAAAGGCGGCAGAUAUAAGAAACGAGAUUGCCCCCAACAACAUACCUUACUUUGAAAGUUUGGUUCACUUAGCAGACAUCUACAGAAUGCAGGGAAAAGUGGUUUCUAGUAUUAAAUUUGCUGAAAAGGUUUUAGAAUUAAGAGAAAAUGCAGUGGCUUCUAUGCCGCAUACAUGCAUUAUUGUUGAUAGUCUAGAGUGUAUUGCGGAUAUCUACAGUUCAAAGGGUGAUAUGCAGCGACAGAAAGAAACUCUAAAGAAAUUGCAAUCAGAACUACUUCGUUUGGAGCGUGUUUUUCUCUCCCAACGAAAUGAAAGAGACUUAAAAGAGAUAAGAAGGAAACUACAAACUUUGAACGAUGAAUUAAACAGUUUUACGAAGAAUUUGUAAAAUAAUUGUGUAUGUAUAACGUGAAGUGUCAUAACAAUAGACAAAGACAAUACUUUUUCAUUAAUAUAAUUUUUCAUCCUAGGUCUUCUGAGAUAAUCGAAGGAAGGCAGUGAAGAAAUUUCAAAAUCGGCUUGAAAGUAAAAUAGCUACGAACAUUUUAAUGUUAGAUUGUUUCCAUGGCUAAGAAAAACAAAAUGGCUGAUUAAAUUUGAUUUUAGAUACUCAUUUGAACAAUAUUUCCUUAAUAUUGAAAAUGAAUUUCUCUUUUUUUCCAAAGUAGAAAGAAAGAAGUUGGAUGAGUUACAUGUUAAACUCAAGGAACUUUACAAAUUCUUCUUUUUAAAAGACAUAAAAUUUGGCAGUAUGUAAAUGACGUCAUAAAAAAAAAUAGUUCUAGGUUGCAAUUUUCUAAAAUUUUAGUUUUUGGUAUAUUUUUCAAUAAUGUUCCUAGUUUAAAAAUUAUUCAGCGCUGUCGGUGUUUAAAUGAUUGCUUUAUUGCUUUAUAUACAAUUAACUUCUGGUUAGACAUUCCUUAACCUUUAAGGGGAUUUCAAAAGUAUAUACGGGAUUUUUUUACCAUGUUGUAUUUGCAUAUACAUGUAACUUCAUUUAAAUUAGAAUAAAUCAAAGAACAACCAAA